AAAGAAAGAUGAUGUAAGAAUGCAAGAAAGCAGAGAACUUUGUGUUUUCUUUGUUGAAGAAGAAGCGUGUGAGAUGACAUAGCCGUCACGUGGGGAUCCGUUAUCUGGAAAAUCCGAUAUUCGCACGAAGAUGAGACUAAGUUCGGUUUCGGAUGAGUUUGGAGCCUGAAUAUUACGAUUAAAACUGACUUCGCCUCUCUUUCCACCCCUUCCGGCUUCGAUCUCGCUGUCUUGCUCAGGACCAACCUGAUGCCACUCUCUUCCUGUCAUCCAUUUGUACCCCCUUUGUCAGGCGCAUCUGCGAUUUUUUUCAGGCAGGGCAUCUGAAAAUGCUUGAUGGGUUCGUCGAGUUCUUCAUGUUGAAGGAAGAACUCGACGAAGCUUCUUUAGAGAAAGGUAACUUCUUUCAGAUUCCACCUUUGCAUUGAUUAAUUAAUUCUCUCUGCGUGAUUUUUCAGACGAAAUGAUUUUUGCCCAUUUCACCGUUUUCGUUGGCAGUACUUUGGAUACAAAAUAUAAUGUUAAAUUCAUAUACUUCUAUCAAAAUAAUUUCCGUGUAUUUUUUAAAUUUUUGAUAACAAUAAUAAUUUUAAGGUAUGGUUGAGGGGGAAAAUAUCGAAUUUAUUUUUCUACAUUGUUUAUUAUUUCAGCAUUUGUGAAAUUUGCCGAAAAAAAAAACAGGUAUUUUUCGUAUUUGUGAAUAAACCCUAAACCCCUGGAAACCCAAGUCAGGGAACCUAAUCUGCGUCUUCUGGAUAUUUGUCUUGACUGAAAAUUUUAUGUCGGAAGAGAGAACCCAGUUGGGUUGAGAGCAGAACCAAGCGGAAAGUUGUUUCCUUUGCUUGAAAACUGGGGGAGGAGGAGGAGGAGAAAAGUUCACUGUUGGAGCGAGUUCUAGAGCCAUGAUUAAUUAUCGAUAUCCCUUUCUAGAAUGCGAUUCACGAAGCAAAUAAGCCUCUUUUUGGGGCAGACAACAAAGAUUCGCUGUCGGCCUUUCUCUUCGAAUCCAUCUCUGUCGAGAUCGUAUCUCGCCGGCAGGAGCAUCUCGGUGUCUGGUUCGACUCUGUUUCUUAUCCCGAAGUGUAGUGGUUGUAUUGGCGGAAGUUUCUUCCCUAUUCGUCGUCGACUCUGGGGACAUGCUGCCGAGCAGUUUUCGGAUGAUGAGUACGAGUGUGAAUUCGAGGAACAUAAGGCAUCAUCCUCAGUGGCCAAUAUAGAUGAGUGGAAGUGGAAACUGGGAAUGCUGUUGCGGAAUGAAAAUGAACAAGAAAUUGUAUCUAGGGAUAAAAGAGAUCGAAGAGAUUAUGAACAGAUCUCGAAUCUGGCCAAGAGGAUGGGACUGUACAGUGAGAUCUAUGGGAAAGUGGUGGUUGCGAGCAAGGUUCCUCUUCCCAACUAUCGCCCAGACUUGGACGAUAAGAGGCCACAACGAGAGGUGGUCCUUCCUUUGGGUUUGCAGAGAAGGAUCGAGGGGCUGCUUCAGGAACACCUUGAUAGGCAGCAGCUAAACUCAGGGAAAAAUGGUGAAAGUUCAGCUGAGCCUCAGCCUAACAAGCAGACCGAAGAAAUUCCUGAUGAAAACUCCUAUUCAUUUCUUGAUGGGUCGUUAAUGGAAAAGGUGCUUCAAAAGAGGAGUUUACGCAUGCGUAAUAUGCAGAGAGGCUGGCAGGAAUCUGCUGAGGGAAAGAAGAUGAUGGAGUUUCGGAAGUCGUUACCUUCAUUCAAGGAAAAAGAAAGACUUCUUCAAGCAAUUGCUCAGAACCAGGUAAUAGUGAUUUCUGGGGAGACCGGAUGUGGUAAGACAACUCAACUUCCGCAGUACAUUUUGGAAUCAGAGAUAGAGUCUGGUCGGGGAGCAUUAAGAGUGUCGGCAGAGAGAGGAGAACCCCUCGGUGAAACAGUCGGGUUCAAAGUUCGAUUGGAAGGGAUGAAAGGAAAGAAUACCCAUCUGCUUUUCUGUACAAGUGGUAUUCUACUCAGACGGCUGCUCAGUGAUCGCAACUUGAGUGGCAUAACACAUGUUUUUGUUGACGAGAUUCAUGAGCGAGGCAUGAACGAAGAUUUUCUAUUAAUUGUGUUGAAGGAGCUUCUUCCACGGCGUCCAGAUUUGAGAUUGAUUCUGAUGAGUGCCACUUUAAAUGCCGAACUCUUUUCCAAUUAUUUUGGUGCAGCACCGAAAAUUCACAUUCCUGGCUUCACGUAUCCAGUGAAGGCGCAUUUUUUGGAGGAUGUUCUUGAAAUGACUGGAUGUAAGCUAACAUCUUUCAACCAAAUUGAUGAUUAUGGCCAAGAAAAGACGUGGAAAACACAACGGCAGCUAAUGCCACGCAGAAGGAAAAACAAGAUCACUAUUCUUGUUGAGGAAGCUCUCAGCAAAUCAAAUUUUGAAAACUAUAGCUCCCGGACACGUGAUUCACUUUCAUGUUGGAUGCCUGAUUCUAUAGGAUUUAAUCUCAUCGAGGCAGUUCUUUGUCACAUAUGCCGGAAAGAACGUCCAGGCGCUAUAUUAGUAUUUAUGACUGGAUGGGAUGAUAUCAGCUCUCUUAGGGACCAACUUAAAGCCCACCCCCUCUUAGGUGAUCCGAACAGGGUUCUGCUUUUGACAUGCCAUGGCUCAAUGGCAACUGCAGAACAGAGGCUCAUUUUUGAGAGACCACCUCCCGAUAUACGCAAAAUUGUUCUUGCUACGAAUAUGGCAGAAGCAAGUAUCACGAUAAACGAUGUAGUUUUUGUGGUUGAUUGCGGAAAGGCGAAAGAGACCACAUACGACGCUCUGAACAAUACACCGUGCUUGAUACCGUCGUGGAUAUCUCAGGCUUCUGCUCGGCAGAGAAAGGGAAGAGCAGGGCGGGUACAGCCUGGAGAAUGUUAUCACCUAUACCCGAAAUGUGUUUAUGAUGCUUUUGCUGAGUAUCAGCUUCCUGAACUUCUGAGAACUCCAUUGAACUCCCUCUGCUUGCAAAUUAAAAGUCUACAGGUUGAAAGCAUUGGAGAAUUCUUGUCUGCUGCUCUUCAGGCUCCUGAACCUUUGGCUGUGCAAAACGCUAUUGAGUUUCUGAAAAAGAUUGGAGCACUAGAUGAGAAGGAAAAUCUGACAAAUCUUGGAAAGUUCUUAUCAAUCCUUCCGGUUGAUCCCAAGUUGGGGAAAAUGCUAAUAAUGGGCGCUAUCUUCCGCUGCUUUGAUCCUAUACUUACCAUUGUAUCCGGGCUUAGCGUCAGAGAUCCUUUUCUCCUACCGCAAGACAAAAAGGCCUUAGCUGGAACAGCAAAGGCGAAAUUCUCCGCAAAAGACUAUAGUGACCAUAUGGCGCUUGUUCGCGCCUAUGAAGGUUGGAAAACCGCGGAGAGAGAAGGAUCGGCGUAUGAGUUCUCGUGGAGGAAUUUCCUCUCUGCUCAAACCCUUCAGGCAAUACAUUCUCUGAGGAAACAGUUCAGUUAUAUUCUGAAAGAAGCUGGUUUAGUGGUAGACGAUUCAUCGGUAAACAACAAGCUAAGUCACAAUCAACAUCUUGUGCGUGCUGUCAUUUGCUCUGGCCUUUACCCUGGAAUAGCAUCUGUUGUGCACAGAGAGACUUCCAUGUCUUUCAAGACAAUGGAUGAUGGUCAAGUAUUAUUAUAUGCGAACUCUGUAAAUUCUCGGUACGAGACUAUUCCGUACCCGUGGUUAGUCUUUGGCGAGAAAGUAAAGGUGAAUGCAGUUUUCAUCCGGGAUUCAACUGGUGUCUCUGAUUCCAUUCUGAUCCUUUUCGGCGGCGCCUUGAGCAAUGGGGUGCAGCUGGGGCAUCUGAAAAUGCUUGAUGGGUACAUCGAUUUCUUCAUGGACCCAAACUUGGCAGAGUCCUAUGUGAAGCUGAAGGAAGAACUCGACAAGCUUCUCCAGAAAAAGCUUGAAGAUCCGAGCAUUGACAUCCACAAAGAAGGGAAGUAUCUCAUGCUCGCGGUCCAAGAACUCGUGUCCUCAGACCAAUGCGAAGGAAGAUUUGUCUUCGGUCGGGACACCAAGAGACCAAACCAACCAAAAUCCGGGGAGGAGAAAUUCUCGAGAGACGGAACAAACCCGAAAAGCCUGCUUCAGACGCUUCUGAUGAGAGCAGGACACUCCCCACCAAAGUACAAGACGAAACAUCUGAAGACGAACGAGUUCAGAGCGCUUGUGGAGUUCAAAGGCAUGCAGUUCGUUGGCAAGCCUCAGAAGAACAAACAGCUCGCCGAGAGAAACGCAGCCGUCGAGGCUUUGGCCUGGUUAACUCAUACCUCGGAAAAUGGCUCUAACCUUGACGAUGGAAACCAGGUUGAUUCUUCUCCGGUUGAUGUCACUGACAAUAUGCUAAAACUCCUGGGAGGACGCCGCCGCCGGCGGAGAUCCAAGGGCAGGUUCUGUGUCUGAAACGUUAUCGUGGCUUCAAUGUCGGCGUUGAUGUUUCGCGCCAAAACCUCUGGAGGAAGCUUGCUUCCCUCGGGAAGAAAGAAUCAAUGACGCCUCAUUAUAAUGUUUGGAUCCACUGGCUCAGACCAAAGGUCCUUUGUCUUGCCUUUACCGUUGCAGGCCAACUUUCCGUCAACGUUCGGACAGAAUCAAAGCCCACUCUGGAAAUCUUCUUGGUAUUCAUCAUCUUUUAU